AUGGUCUCCUGGCUUCCAGAAAAUGACCAACUCCCCUUCAAUAUGGGUUCCCACCUAGAUAUCAAACCGAUUGAGUAUAUCUUCGACCCUGCUCCUCUGGAUACGGACUAUACAUCUAAGAGAUAUUUCACAUUCCUAGAAGAUGCGAAGUCAGGCAAGAUCCGCGGCUUGGAAGAAAGUCAUUGUUUCGAUCCUCGUGACAUGGGUCUGCCAUGGCCUACCACUUUCCCUGCAACAGUGCAGAGCAAACACUGGCGGAGCGCUGAAGAAGCGGCCAAGGAAUUCUUAGGGGCAAUACGUUCUGUUUCUGCGUCUAAAGAGCCGCAAAGCACAACUAGCGAUUAUAGGAAAAGGUUGCUGAAAAGAGAUUCACUCUUGAUUGAUGCGGCUGCCGCUACAGCAGUGAACUUUUUCCCUGCGGCAAAUGCUGUACGGGCAAGACUCCUAGCACAGGCAGCUUUGUUGGUAUUUCUUCACGAUGACGAUGCCGAUUCGGAAGGUUAUGGACUUGAGUCAAAUAUACUCAAGGAAGCAUUAGAAGAGCUCCAAUCGUUUCCUGAUGAUCCCAAAAACUUCCAAGGGCCGUGGAAGAACCCAGUUUUCCAAGAUUGGGUGGACCAAUGCGUUCAAGAGAACUUCGGAGCUGGUUUACAGAUCGUCCAAGGAACGCUCUUGUGGGCUAAUCAUACCCUUGAUAACCCACCAAAGAAACGGGUCCAAUUUGUAUCGUGGAAAAAUUACAUUGAUUACAGGUUAAACGAUUUUCUGCAUGUGGGCAUCAGUGGUAUGCUACAGUUCUCUUGCGGGAUAUACGUUCCCGAGUCAGAAAGAGCUCCUUUGGAGGCGAUGUACCGAUUAUAUAUGAUGCAUUGCAGUCUCACUAAUGACCUCUAUUCAUAUGAAAAAGAACGAAUGGAGGCCAAAGAAGAGGAUCUACCAAUUGUGAAUGGUGUUGAGGUUCUCGGUGAUAUCCUUUACAUUUCUAGUGACACAGCCAAGAGGGACCUGCGACAGCUCAUUUUGGAGCUGGAGCGGCAGCUUCACCAUGUAUACAUCGCCCAUACACGAUCGGGGGAGCUGAACGACAGGCAGCUUCGAUAUGCCCGAGCGAUGAUCGAAGGCUUGGCUGGCAGUUUGUUCUUCUCCUCCACUCUAGCCCGAUACGCUUGUGUUAUCCCUGGUUCUCACCUGCCCAAUGAACGAAGCUACCAGAAUGGCACCACUAUUUGA